AUGAAUUGCGCUAGAUGUAAAAGCCUUGCCAAAACUUACAAAACGUGCAUUACCUGCAAUAGUAGCUAUCAUCCGAGUUGUCUCAAAGAGGUGCUAAAAAAUAAACCUCCCACUUUUUGCUGUGUGAAAUCUAUUGCUUCGAUUAAAUCACCAUCUGAUUCUCACUCCAGUAUUAUUAGGCUAGCUAGUCUUGCUUUAUCAACCUCAAGCAGAAAUCGCUCUGCUCUGUUCAGUGUAAAAUCUAUAGGCUCAAGUCGAAAUUCAAGUAGAUAUCACUCUACUUUAUCCAGUUUUAAAUCUGCAUUCGAAUUAUUAAUUGCGGACAUUAAACCGCAUAUAAUUACACUAGUAGAAACUUGGUUAAAUCCAGAUGUCAAAAUAUCUUUUGAUAAUUACACUGUCAUUCGUCGUGAUAGAGCACUCAUUGAUGAUGCCGGACGUUUUAUCAGAGGUGGUGGUGUGGCCUGUUUCAUUCACAAAUCAUUGAAGUCCUCUAUUCGUCAGUUUCUCAGCAUAAAAAUCAUCCUGAUAAUAGACAUCUCUCCAGCAGUCGGAUCACACAUUCUUUUGUCGUCCAUCUAUAGAAGGCUUCAAGGUGAGCCACUAAAUAAUUUCUUUAUUGAAUUUAAUAAAUUCUAUCCACAUUAUAGAAAUGUUAUUAUCACGGGAGAUCUAAAUUCAAAUUUAUUAAAGAGUGAUAAAUCAUCGCAACAUCUCAAGUCAUUCAUUACUGAUUCAGCUCUAUAUUGUGUACCCUAUGGUGCGACAUAUCAUCAAAAUGGAGUAAGAAAACUAUAUCGUCAAAAAACACCGUGGCUGACGAAAGACCUCAAGCUGGAGUUACAUAAUCGUGAUACUAUUUAUAAGCAAGCUCGCAGAACGGGGAAUUUAAAUCUCUUAUCCUUAUAUAAAAAACUAAGAAGCGAAUUAAAAAUUAAGAUAUGUGAUGCACGUGAUAAUUAUUUUAAAAAUGUUUUAGAGGAAAGUGCUCAGGGCUCUGACAUUUGGUCCAAGCUGAAAAAGCUAGGAAUUAUUAAACCUAGGCAGUCUUCACCACUGGAUCACUUUGAUGCGAAUUUACUGAAUAAUUUCUACGCUAGUACUGUUACCAAAUACCCGUCAUGUGACAAAAAUUUCGUCUUUGAUCUACCCAAUCAUCAUACGAAACAAGUAAAUUGUGUCUUCAACUGGUCAAAGUUAGAUAUUGUUGAUGUGACAAAAAAUCUCCAGCUAACGUUAUCAAAAUCUAAAGGCAGCAAAGGAAAACUGAAUUUACUUGAUGAUUUUGACCUACCACCAAUCAUUGUUGAUGGUAAUGUCAUACCUUAUGUCGAUACCACUAAACAUCUAGGCAUCGAACUAUCGAAUAACCUCUCAUGGAAUGCUCAUACUUCGCAAAUCUCUAGGAAGGCCUAUGCUGCGUUAAACAGCUUGAAGUAUAGGAAAAAUAUCUUAUCUAAAUCUUGUCGCAAGCUACUUGUCACUACUACCAUCCUACCGAUAAUUAAUUAUUGCUUUCUUGUAUUGUUAGACUCAUCAAAAGGACUUGAUAUCAAAUUACAACGCAUACUAAAUAGUACAAUAAGAUUCAUCUUUAAUCUUAAGCGGGAUGAGCAUAUCACGCCCUAUCGUCAAGAUUUAAGAUGGCUCAGUAUCAGGAUGCAUAGGAUUUAUAGUCUGGCAUGUUAUUUUUACAAGUUAUUGCAGACUGGAGAACCAAAAUAUCUGCGAAAACUGUUCUGUGAUGAAGAUGAAAGUGUUAGGCGUUCGGAUAGACUUGCUCAGAAAAAUAAUAAUAUUAUCUUCAGAAUUCCUAAUUUCCAUUCUGUUGUCUUUGAACGCUCAUUCGUAGUGUCAGCUAAACGCCUAUGGCAGGAACUUCCGCUGGAUGUCAUAAGCUCUUUAUCAAUAGGGAGUUUUAAACUCAAAAUGCUAAAUUACCUUUUGGAUCUUGAAGCUGGUGGUAAAGACGAAUUAGUAGGAGUUGUAAAUCUUGUAAACAUUGUUAAGAGUAGAUUUGUAAAUUUGUAA